AUGUCCAACGCCGAACUAUGUUCACGGUGCCAGUCCUUAAUCACAGGCACUUUUCCAAAGUCGGUGAGGCACCAUGGAUCCAAGAGCGAUGUGCAAGUAGCCGCAGAAAAUGGCUGCUUCAUUUGUGCAGGAUUCCUCAAUGGCAUAGCCACACUUGCUACUGCAGUCUCGAGUGAGUGCGACAUUUUGGUGUAUGCAGAAGAGGAAUUCGAAGAUGGUUGGAGACUAGCAGUGAGCUUGUCCGAAUCCGAAUACAAGGGCUAUCAAGCGCCGUCGUAUGCUGCAUUCGACUUUAUAUCUUUAAAAAAUCUAGACGCAAGCAAUUCUGGAGCGAUGCUAGAUCCCUGCAUCAGGGUAUCCUCGCUACAACGGUGGAUGAAUCAAUGCUUGCAAAGCCACACCGCCUGUCAACGAGAUUCGACAGUAUAUUGGCCGACGCGCAUCAUUAAUGUGGGCACAGUGGCCGAACACGACUGCCGACUAUGCGUCACGGAGCAGGAGGAGAUGCAUGGACCAUAUGCAACUCUCAGUCACUGCUGGGGCAAUUCAGUGCUGACCAAGCUGCUCUUGAACAAUUUCGAUAACAUGGUCGAUUCUAUUGAUGAAGAAAAUUUACCUCUAACAUUUCGAGAGGCGGUUACGACUAUACGACAACUUGGCAUACGAUACGUCUGGAUAGACUCUCUAUGCAUCAUCCAGGACUCUGCCGAAGACUGGCAGAUUGAGUCGGCAUCAAUGACACAAGUUUACCGUAAUGCUAUCUGCUGUCUCGCCGCAACGGGGGCGCACGACAGCUCCCAAGGUCUUUAUCUAGCCCGAGAUGCUCCCAAGGUCCCGCACCAAAUUACUACAUCGUGGACCGACAAAUCGAAUACGAUAUGUCUAGCGGUACCCUUAUCAUCCUCUCAGAUUAUAUUGCGCGACGUACAAGGCCCUCUCACAAAAAGAGCUUGGUGCUAUCAAGAGCUGCGCCUCUCACGUAGGAUCAUACAUUUUACAAAAGAGCAGAUCUUUUGGGAAUGUUGCGAAAAUAGAGCCUGUGAGUCGAUGCCCCUCGGUACACCCAAGUAUGAUCGCGACAGAAACGCUACCAGGCAUUACCUCCGGCGAGAUAUGCUGGAUCAACAUGGCACAAUAAGCUCUGUGCGUGGCAUCACCCCGCACGAAUUCUGGCUCACUACUGUUGAGGAGUACUCUAAGGGGAAGCUCUCAUAUGCCUCCGAUCGUCUCGUUGCUGUGUCUGGCUUGGCAAGGUUACUUCAGAAGAGUAUUGGGAGUGGCUAUGUGGCUGGCAUGUGGAGGAAGAAUUUGGAGUUACAGCUUUUAUGGACAGUAUGGGAGAUGGGCGAAACAAGACCUAAGAACAAACCCGAGAAUCGACGACCAUCCUGGUCGUGGGCGCCUCUAAAUUCACGCAUUUGUUACGCUACAUUCAGGCAUCCUAAAAGGUUUCCAGACUUCCGCUCGCUCGCCCGGAUUCUUAACGUCACUGUUCAAUCAGUCACCAAUGACACAUAUGGUGAAGCCCAGAGCGGGAUCGUAACAAUGCAUGGGCGCAUCUACCAUGUUAGAGGUAACUUCUUUGCCGGCGAAGCUCGGCAUUGUGAGCGCAGGCUCACGCUUUGGAACAGCUGGGAGUUAGAAUUUCUUGUUAGCUCAGGCAGGUUUUACUGGGACACACAGCGCGACAAAGCCAACUUUGAUGCAGGACAUACCAUUUACUGGAUACCUAUAUGGGCUCGACAUUCCUAUCUCGUUCUAGAAGCACUGCUACUCUACAAACUUGAUGGUUCGGAGCAAGACUAUCGUAGAGUCGGGAAGUUUUUCCUUUAUGAUGCGCUUGGUCAGCCCGCGGAGCGUAAGGCAUAUUCUCGCUUCUGGGACGAAUUCCUUUCAUGCCCCGAGGAAACAAUCCGGAUUCACUGA